AUGACGGCCAGUCUGACAGAAAGCGAGUCAGGCAGUCAAGGCAACAAUUGCAUCUCUUAUUUCAUCUCCCCACCCCCACCCCUUUUCGACCAGACUUGGUACCAUCGGCCAGAGAUUCAGUCUGCCAAUAGCCCCGGCCAGUCCCACCAUCCCACAGGCCCAGAAGGCAACACACCCACUAUGUCUGUUGGCUGCGGGUUGCAUCCUCACCAGGGCCUGUUCCUUCCAACUGGGAUUCACACACAAUAG